AUGGUAGCCAAGACCGCUGAGGGCACGAAAGAUCUCGGGGCCCAGUGGAGAGAAGAAUGGGCUGCUGCACAGAAAGUCAAGGCACCGAGCAUGAAAAACAGCUCAGUCUUCUACCGCAACAUUGAGGAGGAGCUCGACAUCCCCCGAAAGCAGGGUCUAUCAUUCCCCAUCCAUCUCCCGAGUCACACCGUUGAUUUCUCCACUUGCGAUGUUCUCGGGAUGACCCAUACUGGCGCACUGAGGGAAGAGUUCCUCAAAGAACUUGACGCCAACCCGAACUUCUACAUGGGUGCAGGUGGCUCGCGGUUGUUGGACGGAACUACGACGUACCAAGAUAACUUCGAGAAGGAGUUGGCAGAACUGAUGGGUGUCGAGUCGGCGCUGGUAGUUCACUCUGGAUACACCGCCAACCAGGCUAUCUUCUCGACGGUCCCGCGAUCUGGCGACGUGAUUGUCUACGACGAGUUGAUGCACGCUACGGCUCUUUCCGGCAUGAAAAUCGCUUUGGCAUUAGAUCAGAGACCCUUCCGCCACAAUGAUGUGGAUCACUUUAUUGAAGUCAUGGAAGGCGUCAAAGAGUCAAACCCUCUGGUCAAAUCCGGCAAGCGUUGUGUCAUUGUCGGUGUCGAGAGCUACUAUAGCAUGGAUGGCGAUAUUUGCCCUCUGAAGGAGCUCAUUGAAGCCGCCAAGGACAUUUUCCCUCAUGGCAACGCCCAAUUCAUCGUGGAUGAGGCCCACAGCUUCGGUGUUUGUGGCCCCGAAGGAACUGGUUUUGUGAGAGAACAAGGCCUCACCGAUGAAGUUGCUGUCACCAUGGUCACGUUCACCAAAGCUCUCGGCGGAUGUGGCGCGGCCAUCUUAUCCAACAAUACGAUUCGCGCACUCCUCACCACUCAAGCUAAAAUGUUCAUUUGCUCGGUUGCACCUCCGUUCACUCUGGUAGCGUCUUGCCGUGCCGGAAUUCGACUCAUGCGGUCCCAGAAGUUCCAAGAGGCUCGCGAGUAUCUUCACGACCUCACUAUAUUCUACUUGGAUACACUGACCUCGCAUCCCAUUUACAAGAAGGCCAAGAAGAAGGGUUUGGUCGAUAUGCCAGUUCAUGAGGAUGGUGCCUGGCACGAAGUACCAAUCACCCACAUCGUGCCUCUCUGGGUUCUUCGUAACAAGGCUGCGCUUUACCUUGCCUUCCAUCUCACUAGAGACGGGUUUAAUGGGUGCAACAUCAUGUUCCCCAUUGUUCCCAAGGGCGAGGACCGAGUGCGCUUGUUCCUUCAUGCGCACAACACCAAGGAAGAAGUCAAGGCGUUGAUCGACUCCAUCACUACCUGGCUCCAGGAAAUGAUGGACAUUGAAGCCAGUGGUGAUAAGAACAGGCUUCCGAGUGCAGCACGCCUUGCGUAUGAUCUCCUCGAAAAUGACAAGGAGGCUACCAAGGAGGCUACUGAAGCCGACAAGAAUGGUGCUCCUAAGAAUACGAAGCCAAUGAGCAAGGAUAAUAGCGGGACCAAGAACCUCAUGAACGGUAUUAGUUCCUUCAAGAACAGUCAGUUGGUUAGUGGUUUGAAACUUGGGGAGCUACCCACGCGCAUGUUCUAG